AUGUUAAUUGGUUCAGAUUCACCUAUUUUUGGUGAUGAACAACAACCAGCUGUUAGUCUUCGUUUAAGAGAAAUGAAUAAACCAAUCAAUGCUUUAACUGAUAUUAAUUGUUGGCUUAAUGAUUUAAUAUAUGAUGAACCUGCAUUAGCAAUGUGUCCAAAUGAUGAUAUUGUUACAUUAUAUGAUUUAAUAAAUUUAUGUGAUACAGAUUGUGAUGACAAUCUACAUACAUUACCAGUUGCUACAUUAUGUUAUAAAAUGUCAUAUAAUAUUGUAUUAAAUUCUGAUUUUCAAACACGUUUAAAAGAAUCUGGUACAAUAUGUACAUUAUUUAUACAUUAUUUAGAUAUGCUUGAUGCAGAAAAAUUUUCUAAAUAUAUGAUGGCAGAAUUACUUAUUGAUGAUAAUAGUAGUGAACUAAAUUGGAUAUGUGACGAAAUUACUAUAUUAAGUUCAGAAUUCUCUCAAGAUACCUUAUCAUUUAAAAAUGAAAAAAAACAAACAUCUGAUGAUAUUGAUCAAAAAUUGAAAGCGAUUGUACUAUUACUUUAUCAAACAACACGAAACUGUACAAAUCAUAGUUGA